ACUGGCGGCGGCACAAGAGGUACUGGACUCUGUGAUGGCCGUGCUCAAGAGUAAACAGGACGCUCUCGCUGAGGUGGAGGACAAGAUCAAGAAACUGCAGGCUGUCUAUGACAAUAGCGUCACCGAGAAGAAGAAUCUGGAACGCAAUAUGGCCGUGACCGCUGCCCGUCUGAAGAGGUCUUCCAAACUCACGUCAGCGUUGGCUGAUGAACAGGUAAGGUGGGAGGAGAGUGUGGCAAUGUUCACCACACAGCUGUCUAACGUGGUCGGCGACGUGUUUAUCGCCGCGGCCUGUGUGGCCUACUACGGGGCCUUCACCUCGGUCUACAGGGAGGAGCUCAUGACAGGUGUUGCCAUGGCAACCAUCCGGGAACUUGGAGCGGGCGGUGUACAUGUAGCCCCUGUGCAGCGACGGCUGGAGGACUGUGUGCAGGAACUGGGUCUGGGUGUACGAGCCACGGCGGAGCAAGUCUUGUGA